CCUUUUGUUUUCCUUGUUCUAACGCCGAUAGCGUUUGUCGAGAGAGAGAGAGAGAGAGAGAGAGAGAGAGAGAGAAAAGUUACAUAUUUCAGGGUGGAAAAAAAGGGGGCCGACUAAAUACCUGAUCUUAAUCUCAUUCGCGUAAAGAAAUUACGAGCCAUUAAAUUUAUCAAAGUUAUAAUCGUUACGACUCGUGCAACUGUACAUAAAAUAUUAAUAUAAUAUUCCUGUUGGAGCGUGGCGCGGUUAUCAUUAGGAAAGUGAUAACGAUAAUGAUCGUAAUUGACUGAGAUUGACACAACCCACCAACGGAUCUCGCACGUAAAGAACAUACUCGUUGAAAUUUCAUUAGGCUCCGUUGUAAAACCCCUUCAAUAUGAUAUGAUCGAAUCCGUAUUCGAAAUCAUGCGAAGAUCUAAAAACGAUUGAGGGGCGAAUUCCGACCGCAUGUGACGGACGUAAAUGCCCAAUGCAUCGAGAGUCGUAACACAAGGAGUAGGUGACUCGUACAUAUAUUGCUAGAAAGUGUCGUCGGAAGUUAACAGCAAUAAAUCGCGUGCAAGGUGAAUUUUUCUUCCAUAUUCCAGUAAUUGAGUAAUGAAAGCGGUAAGGUAUGAGCAUAAAGAUAAACAAAUAGGAAAGAAAAGCAAGAGCAAACACGUCAUGCAAUCAGCCUGUACGAGUGCCGAUUUCCUUUGAAAUAUCCCGCUUUUUUCAUCCCCCCGCCGUUACCUUGUGACGGUAGCUUUUUUGCUCCUUCUCUAUCCCUCUUGUGCUCCUUCUCUCUCUUUCUCUCGGAUUUUAUCUUUCUUCUUCUUUCCACGUCGACCUUCCACGUUCGUAACGAACGAACGAACGAACGAUUUACCGGCCCGCCGAACAAGCUCCGAACAAUUUUCGUUUCUAUUCGAGAGAAAAUUUUCCCAGACAUCGGGCGGCUCUGGCUUCGUUACUCCUGGGAACUAAACGUAGCAAACAACUGCCGGUUACAUGUGCAUACGUGUACAUGUUAGAUACGUAUCUAUACGUCUAGUAGCUUGCCCUUUUCAAUCGAAAACAACCGAGCAUAACUUGACUCAUUAAGCUCAACUCCAAUAAUUGCCACUAUAGUUUUCCCGUGCGAAGUUCAAAUCCGCGAGAAACUUUCAUUUCCGAUAAAUAUUCGUUUGAUUUUUUUUUUCGAUUUUUUCUCAUCCAUCUCUGCAGUUUCGCUGAAUCUAUAACUUUUCAAAAUCAGAAAAAAGAUCUGUAGAAGCAUCCGCGAGAGACGAGGACACGGUAUACCUAUAUAAACUAAUAACAAAAGUGGGACGACACGCUUCACCGAGUUUAAUUUUGAUUGAAACCGCCGCGCCGUACCGAAUUCUCGACGAAUGUAAAGACAAAGGGAGCUCACUUUUGCUAAUUCCCUUCUACGUUACACGUGGUUAGUGGCUGAUCUUAUCUUUUUCAAUCGGCGUUCGAACAUCACGUAUACGGGCGUAUUGGAAAGAACGAAGGAAUACAUCGAAUAAAGGAGAGUAUUUUUUGUUCAAACAGCACGAUAUAAAAAAAUAAAAACAUAACAGGAGAAGGGAGGGUUGCAAGAAGCGAACCGAAUCAACGAAUCUGUCAUCAGAAAGUCGAUUAAACGAUCAGUGAUAAUUGGAUUACCCUCGAGCAACGACUCGGAAGAAUUUCGCGCCCCAAUCAUCUGGUACACGGUCCUUCUUUUCACCGUUGUCGAAUCGAGUAGAAGGAAAAAGGAGGAUAUAAGAGGGAGCGGAGGAAAAAAGGACACUUCAAUCGCGCGAGAAAAAAAGGAACGCACCGAUCGAUUGAAAUGCCCAAAGUUUGUCUAUUCGCGAAAAAAAAACUUACAAUAAAUUUAUAAUAUUGUAUAAAACUUGUGUGUCGCGUGUGGUAGAGAUUUUCGUUUGACCAGGGGAGACAGAAAAAACAAAAAAAAAAAAACAAAGAAAAAAAAAAAAAAACAAGAAAAAAAAGGAAAAAUCGCGCGAAAUUUUGCCAACAAAUUAAUAACAUAAGGAGUGUCGAAAAAGUGGGAUUGCGAAGAGGGGGUUAUGUAUUGCCUGAGUGCGGCCUGCAGGUGCGGUGCUGGGGAUAAUGGUGGUGGAGAAAGAUGAGAUUGGCAGUGGGGGUCGUCAGAGAGGGAGGAAGCGGAGAGGGACGCGGGCGAAAGGGCUACAGCCAUGUCAUGGGAGUCCAUCGCGUCCAGGGAGUACCUCAGCGGUUCGGCGAGCCAUCAGUUGUCGGCAACGGCGCUGUUGGGGAGUCCGGACGGUUCGCGGCACCCUCUCGACGUAUACGAGUUUGCUGAGGAGGAUUAUCGUCACCAGAACGGAAACGGCAGCGGGCAUUAUCAGAAUGGAAGAGCGGGACUCUGGGAGUGCCUUGUCGGAUGCAGACAUCGGCUGGAUCAGCAACUGGCAAGACGAAGGGUUGAACAGGGGCUGAAAUUGUACAGAGCGCACAAGCAGCAAGCUGCCGUUAGAAAAUGGAGCGGUGCAUUGAAAAGCAUAAGACAACGCGACGACAAAUUUACUCUGCUCGGAUACCUCUAUCAGGCGUACAUGGACUGGGGUAAAUACAGGGAGAGCAUCGAUUUCGCUCACAAACAAUUAUGCAUUUCCGAAGAACUCGAUUCUCCGAAUAUGAGGGCCGAAGCCUACUUGAAUUUAGCAAGAGCUCACGAACGUCUCGGAGCUUUGGACAGAGCUUUGGCAUACGCGAGACACAGUCUUUUCAACGAGUGUGAUCAAUGCGCAACUGCUGGUCUUGUGCAUCUGACCGUUGCAAGAGUUCACUUGGAACUAGCUGGAUUCUGCAAAGCUCUCGAAGCAUUUCAAAGAGCUCACAAAAUCGCGCAAUCUAUUCAAGACCCGUCGCUAGAGCUUCAGGUGUACGUUGGACUGUCGGAACUUUUUAGCAGACUUCAAGAUGCGGACAAAAGCGCUAGAUAUGCGGCAAAGGCUUACGAUUUAUCAAGGAGUUUACAACUCGGUGAUUUAAAUUCGAGGCAUCACAGAGCAGCCCUUUUGCAAAUGGCUGCGGCCCUCAGAAAACAGGGAGAACUCGGCGACGCUCACGAUUACUGUUCGGAAGCCACAAGAUUGUCCGUCGUAUCCGGGGACCAAGCAAGCUACGCUAGAAGUAUACGAAUCAUGGGGGAUAUUUAUAGGAAAAAGUCUGACAUAAAUUUGGAUAUUUUACAGAAAGCGUUUUGUCAGUACGAAAGCGCUAUGGGUUCGGCUGCGAGUACUGGAGAUCGUCUCUGCCAAAUGGAAGCAAUGGAUGGAGCUGCAAGGUGCUUGGAAGCGCUUCGUCUUCAGCAUAAAAUCUGCAAUUGCCGACCUUUAGAAUUCAACACCAGGCUGUUGGAGGUAGCAGGAUCCGUAGGCGCAAAGCUUCUGGUGCGAACUGUAAGAUCCAGACUUUCAAGAAUUUACGGAUCUCUUGGUGACGAAGAGCAACGAGGUCAUCACGAACGACUUGCAGCAGCUAUGGAAGAGGAUCUCGAAUUGCGAUGUGGCGGAUGCAGCGAGCCUUUCGGUCUAGAGGCUGAUUUACUCGAGGCUCUUCCAUGUUCGCAUAUCCUCCACGCCAGGUGCGCCUACGAUAUCCUCAAGAGGCGAGAUAAAAAGAAGAAACGGCUGUGUCCAGACUGCCACAAAUCAGUUAGUUCCAGACUCUACCUGCACUGCGAAGAUCCCCACGGAUUAAAUGCUCUGAAUCACAGUUCUCUCAGCCUCGCAUCCCUCAGGGCAAGCAGCUUAGCAACUUUAGAAGAUUGCCACGCAACCAGCAGCGUCUGACGUGUCUUUUGUUACGGAUCAAUGAAAGUCCAGAAUAAAUCCGGAAUAGUUUACGCGCGAUCGAUACUAUGCUGCCUCUAUACAAGAAAUAAUCAAGAGAAAAACCGCGCGCGUCUAUGAUUUUCACUAAUCACACAACAUCUACAAUAUUAUAUUAACUCUGCUCAGCUGUUAAUUGUUCUAAAUCGUGGAUUAAUCGGAAUUUAUUUUGCGCGCUUUCAAUUUUUUUUUUCUUUUUUGAACAAUGUGUAGGUCAAAAUUACAGUGCCAAAAAUUUUAAAAACAAAAAACAAAAUAAUGGAAAGUCAGGACGCAAGUAUCUAGGAAUAAAUUACCCUUCAGUAUUAUAAUUAUUUGCAUAACACUAAAUAGGUAAUUAUUAUCCUGGCUUCCGUAUUUUUCUGCAACUAUCAAAAGUAUCUACGAUAAAUAUAUCUGCAGCUCUCAAGUUCAUUCGUUUCCACGUUCACGAAGCUGAGUUCUAUAUCAUUCAGUAAAAUCAGAAUUGUAGUUUUUUCGGUUCAGUUCAACGUUUUCAAAAAUCUUUGCGAGUCUCAAGACAGUAAGCAGAAGAUGAUGAGUUUUCAAAUGAAUGGUGAUACAACUCGCUGUGUAUAAUACACGUGUAUAGAUGUAUAUUUUAUGUAUACAUAUAUGCAUAUAGUAAAUAAAUUUGCUGAGGACGCAGAAAGACCGCAGCGGAGUUGCAGCUGUUAAGUAUAAAUCUUAUGGGCUCGCAAUCUCUUAACUUAUUCAUUAACGCAUUACCAUAGAUUUUACGGGUCUGUCAACGAGUAGAUCGAUUUUCACAGAUUCGGAGGACGUGGCCACUGAAAGUAAAAUAUUUAUGCCUACAUAUAGGUGUGUAUGGCAUACGAUAUAACACUUCGGGUCAAAUUGCUAUAACUUACUGCGAAGAAAAACGGAAAUGGAAGCGCUGGAUCGCACUCUGGAUAUAUUAUAGAAUUCGUCCAACAUACCAGUAAGUUAGUCGAAACGAAGAAAUAAUUAAAUGAAUAAAUAUUGGCAGAAUUUAAUACACAAACUGAAGACUUCACCGAGCAUAACCAUUUGUAUGCUCAACGUAUAACAGUAAAUUUUCAAAGAGAAAACAACAUUGAAGAGAAAUAAUAACUGGAAGUAAUCAUAACUGAACAGUAUUCAAAUAUCAAUUAUAUUAUCCGCAGCUGUGCACUAAUUGCGAACAACUGAUAUGAAGCAGUAUUAGAUACACAGUGCCAGAAGAUAUGAAAAGAAUUUAUUGAAGAGAAAUAAAAUUAUACAUCCAUUUACAAAGAACGCACCUAAAUCCUUUAUGAUAGAUAAUUGAUAAGUAUAAAGUUAGAAAUAGUCAAAAUUAUGUAUAUUGCGCAAUAUAAAGUUAUAUAAAUACGAUAUAUAGUAUAAUAGUAACGGAACAUAUUUAUUUAUUUAUUGUAAAUUAAAGUGCAAUGUCAAAUUUGCAGAUUUUAUAACACAUGUACAGGGCGGCUAAUAUGAUUAUUUUUCGAUUUGAUAUUCAAUCCGAAAAACUAUAUAAUAUCAUCUAUUUGAUCACGUAAAACUGACACGAGUCCCCCCUGCAUGAGGCAUAAAACGCAUGAAAAAUAAAAAAUAAAUAACCGAUAAAUGAAUAAAUGAAAACAAAGUAAUAAUGAUAACCAUUUAACCUCAUUACAGGGGUAAAAGCGUAGAAAAGUUCUAAAGAAGGGCUACACGCAUAUAAUUCACGCGAAGUAUGAGAAAUAUUUCUUAAUGUGAAAAAUUUCGAAAUUAUAACGUUAUAUUUGACGCUGCGGUGAUUCUCGUCAAAUUUCUAAUAAACUCACCCAACGCACCGAAUCAAUUCAUUACGAGGACGACUAUGAACUAAUUAUCACAUCCCCAACGGAUCGAACUGCUCAUAAAAAUAAAAAAAGAAGAUACCCGAAUUAUUGAAACGAAAUGAAAAAACAAAAAAUGGAAGCACUAUAUAGAAAAUCUAUAAUAAACGUAACGUAAGCGCGUAGGUCGAUGUUAUAAAACCUUUAAACUUUUAUCCCCGAUGUGCAUAUACUAUAAAAUAAAAAAAAGAACAAAUAAAAUAAAUGAUAAUAUAUAUCUAACGAAAAAUAAAAACGGAAAUACAAGUGUGCGACUACAUAGCGUAUUCAAUUAUUAAUAUCAAGAAAUUUCCAUCACUCAUAAACUAGUUAUAACUAUUUAGAACUUGGUAGAUAAUAUUCGUGCGUGAAAAAUAUAGUAUAAAUUCGUUAUACUCGGCGCGCGAGUUUUCGGGGAACAAAACGACGGCGUAUUAAUCCCUCUCGAAUAUUAAAAUUAAUGAAUUACGCCAAAAUUUAUGAAAAAAAAUAAAAAAUAAUAAUAACAAUAAUAACAAUAAUAAUAUAAUAAAUAAACGAAGUAAAAAAUGAUUAAUUACAAAAAAAAAAAUGACAAACAAAAAUGGAAACUCAUAAUAACUAGAAUAAUAUUGAAACCAUAAAUUUGACAUUAGUAGAGAUAUUGACAAACGAAUCGUAUACGAAUGAAACGAAUUAUAAGAACUUGAUUAUUUGUUGACGACCCCGAAAAAUAUUAAUUACACAUCGAACGUAUUUUCAUCCCGUAACCUGAUGAAGAGAAAAAAGAUAAAGGAGUAGUAAUGUGAAAGUGGAGUGAAAAUCGAAAUGAUUCUUUGAAUAUUCAAUCAUCAUCCGUGUUGUUUGUAGGGCAACGAAUAAAUUCAUUCCGCACUCAUCCGUACACCGAAGUGCAGCACAUAGCAGCAACUGUUUUUAUAAAUGGAAUUAUUAUAAUUAUGAAAAUUAUACAAACUGUUUAUUGAUUCAAUAUCCGUGUUAUACUUGAUUUAAAAAUAGCCUUUAGUAAUUAAAUUUAUAAGCUGUACGCUCUGGAUAAUGGAAGGAAAAAAUAAUUUCUAAUCCCGAUUAUCAUGCGACUAUUCAAUAUUUUUAUUACUGAAAUUGAGCGUUGCCCUAACGAUUUCUUUGACAAUCGAUGAGAAAUAAGUUUUAUAGGAAUAUUCGAUAAUGUUUUCGCGGAAAUUGGAUUUGGAAUUUUAGCUUUCGUUUACUUACUCAAUUACUACCCCUGUGAAAAUUGGUUUCGAAAUUUAUUUAAACUCAUUUUUACGAAGCAACGAUUAAAUUAAAGUCAGUGAUUAUAUAUGCAUACUAUAUAUUAUCUAGAGGUAAAAAAAUGCCCAUGUAGUCAUAUCUGAAUUAUCGCAUUGUAAGUACGAAAAAAAACCAGCCUUUCCCAUUUGUGGGCGAUACAUUUUUCUCGUAAAUCUUAUGCUAAUCGUUAUUUUUCAUGAUAUCAUAAUUCAUUUAUUUCACUUUAUUUCAGAAAUUUGUGCAUUAUUCUUGAAAUUUUCGCAACUAUUCGGUUAGAGAUUACCAGUAAGUAUUAUCCCGCAAUUGAUCUUUUUAAUCUGUAAAGAAUUGAGAGAAAUAUACACGUGUUCUUGAGAAUCCAUAACUGGAGCCUGGUUUUCCUCGUUUUUACGUAGGAUCAAGUUUUUGUACUUUUAUACGAGAGUUUAUUUUUGAAUUUUGGAAAGGCUGAUUUUGAGUUUGGAUUCCGGAUUGUUCAAUUAUGAUGAAUAAUUGAAUUAUAAACUGUCUAAUCUAUACUACAUAAAUUUAUGUGAUCUAUUGUCACGGCAAUGUAUGCACAAUCACUCAAGAAUACAAAAAAUCACACUAUGCACUUAUUAUAGUUUACCUACAAGCACUACGAUAGAUAAUAAUGAAAUACUACGAUGAUGAACAUGGAAGGAGAAAUAAUAAAUUAAUAGAGAAAUGAAUGAAUAAAUAAGAGAUUAAAAUAACGUGUUAAUAGUAUAAUAAAAUAAAUUAUUGAAUCGAGAAAAGAAAACUAUUAUAAAAACGAGAAUGCACAACGUUAUUGUAAGCACAGCGUAUUAAUAUAAUAAAUAAUUAGAUAAAUUGAUGAGAUUUAUGUUAUCUAGUGAUAGGUUUAUUGAAGUGUAGAUAAAUACUUGGAUCAGUGAAAAUUAUAAACUACAUUAAUAUUACAAUUACCGAUAAUAAUAAAGGAGAAUAUCGUUUUGAA